AUGGAAGAAGUGAAGAAGGUAGUACUCAAUGAAAACUGCUCAGCUGCUAUGCUAAAUAAGCUACCAAAGAAGAAAGGUGAUCCGGGGAGUUUGACCUUACCUUGCCAAUUUGGCAACUUGGCCAUCAUUCAUGCCUUAGCUGAUUCGGGAGCAAGUGUGAAUCUAAUGCCAUAUUCGUUCUUUAAGAAGUUGGAUCUCCCGGAACCAGGGCCAAUUCGCAUGGCAAUACACUUGGCAAACAAAACAGUCACAUUCCCAAGAGGCAUAUGCAAAGACAUACUAGUCAAGGUGGACAAAUUCGUCUGUCCCGCUGAUUUUAUCAUUCUGGACAUGGAGGCGGAUCCACAAGUGCCAAUCAUCCUUGGAAGACCCUUCCUCAACACGGCAAGUGCUAUAGUAGACAUGAGGGACUCAAAGCUCACAUUGCGGGUAGGAGAAGAUUCAGUCACAUUUGGAGUGGACCAAGCCAUGAAGUAUUCAAGGAACAGUGACGACACGACAUUCUCAAUCGAUAUGUUAGAUGAAUUAUUGGAGGAAUGCAUAACUGAAGAUUCCAUCAAGUUCACAGCUGAGGAUGAAGAAUUUGAUCCAGAAAAAGACUUGAUGGAAAUUGAAAGACUGCUGGAAGAAGCCGACUAUGAAGAAUUGGUGAAGAACACUGACAGUUCUACUCGCCGAGUACCUCUGAAGAAAAGGCAGAAGUCGUAA